AUGACGUUUCAAUCGGUGAACGGAACAGCUUUCGUGGGAGAACUUACAAAAGAGCGAAUGCGACGUUCGCAGGUGGCUCAGUCUCACUCCACGACAUACCAUCCUCGGACGAAUGGCUUAGUGGAAAGGCAUAAUAGAAAGGUAGUGUCCAUGCUGAGGGUAUAUUGUUCCAGGUACAUGACCGAUUGGGACAGAUAUCCUCCACAGGUGAUGGGAGCUUACAAUAGCAAGCAUUAUUCCACCACCGGAGAUAGCCCACAUAUGAUGCUAACCGGGCACGAGAAGUCUUUGCCCUUGAAUUUCUUCUACCCAGAGUAUGAGGGUAAGAAGACGUCAUCACAGGUCUAUGUAAGGGAUGUAAUAAGACGUCAGCAGGAGUUAAACGACUUAUGUAGACAAAAUCCUCAGCAGGCACGGGCAAGGCAGAGGAAGAGAUUUGACAAGAAAGCAGCUGACCUGGAUCCAAAUGAGGCGAUUGAAGCGGAUGAUGAAACUUUACCCUACUCAGAAGACGACUGGCAAGACCCUGUACAAAGGGAGAACUUGGAACCGGAUCUUCCGUUCACGAUACAGACUCGACAGAACGACAGGACAAGACCCAGAAAAAAUUAUAACCCUUACGGCGACAAUUUUGUAGUGGACAGGAUAGACCUAAAGAAAAUAGUGAAAGAAGUAGUGAGACUAGAAGAAAUAACUGUGUCACCAGACAUUGACAUAACCGAUGAUCACGACGAGGAGUUGGUCGAUGACUGGUCCAAGUCCGAGGUAGAAUUCGACGACGAGCAACAGCAGUCAUAUGAACAUGACUUGACGAAUUUGCGUGUCUUGGAAUGGCUGACAUCAAAAUGA